AUGUCAGUUGUUGGUUCUUUAAUCUUCUGCAAUGAUUGCGGUAACUUAUUGGAUUCCGUGACCGCCAAACCUACGUUGGAUUGCGGCGUAUGUCAUAGAUCGUACCAGAGUUCUCAAUUCGCCAACUUGAAAGUUGUUACAAAGUCUUCUGAGGAUGCUUUCCCAUCGUCUUUGAAAUUGAAAAGAUCUGUUGUCAAGACUUCCUUGAAGAACGAUGAGUUGGAGGAAGGAGCCACUAUCAAAGAAAAAUGUCCAAAGUGUGGAAACGAGGAGAUGCAAUACCAUACUUUACAAUUAAGAUCUGCCGAUGAAGGUGCUACAGUGUUUUAUACAUGUACUGGGUGUGGCUAUCGCUUCAGAACAAACAACUAG